AUGGCCGCCGCGCUGGGGAUUCAGGGCAAUGUGGGAAAUGCGGCGUUCAAGGACAAGGAAAAGCCGAUGGCUGUUCGGUCGGCGAAUAUCAUGGCCGCUCGGGCAGUCGCAGACGCCAUCAGAACAUCACUGGGUCCUCGAGGAAUGGACAAGAUGAUACAGUCGGGCAAAGGAGAAAACCUCAUUACGAACGAUGGAAGUACCAUGUUGAAGAGCAUGAGUGUUAUGCAUCCUGCAGCGAAGAUGCUGGUGGACCUGAGUAACGCGCAGGACGUCGAGGCGGGAGACGGUACAACAUCUGUGGUCGUCAUUGCCGGCAGUCUCCUGGGAGCCGCAGACCGUUUACUUGCCAAAGGCAUACAUCCCACCAUCAUCUCAGAAUCGUUCCAGAGGGCUUCCAAGGCUGCUGUGAAGAUUCUGCAGGACAUGUCUCAACCCAUAUCGCUCUCCGACCGGACCACCCUGCUACAAGCCGCCUCGACGUCCCUCUCUUCGAAAAUCGUGUCGCAGCACUCUGGACUGCUCGGCCCCAUGGCGGUCGAUGCCGUGCUGAAGACGAUCGACCCGAAAACCGCUGAGAAUGUCGAUCUUCGGAACAUUCGAAUCAUCAAGAAAGUGGGUGGGACGAUCGAAGACUCGGAAAUGAUUGACGGACUCGUCCUCAACCAGCCGGUUAUCAAGAGCAGUGGUGGUCCCACCAGGAUAGAGAAAGCGAAGAUUGCCCUGAUCCAGUUCCAGCUGAGCCCGCCGAAGCCGGACAUGGAAAACCAGAUCGUGGUCAAUGACUACAGACAAAUGGACAAGAUCUUGAAGGAGGAGAGGACAUACCUGCUCAACAUGGUCAAGAAAAUCCAAAAGGCCAAAUGUAACGUUCUGUUCAUCCAGAAAUCCAUCCUGCGGGACGCGGUCAAUGACCUGUCUCUACAUUUCCUGUCGCGUCUGAAGAUCAUGGCGAUCAAGGACAUUGAACGGGACGAGGUCGAAUUCUUGUGCAAGAGCACAGGAUGCAAACCUAUUGCCAACAUCGACACUUUCACGGAGGACAAGCUGGGAAGUGCCGACCUGGUGGAGGAAGUCCAGUCGUCGGGAGCUCGGUAUGUCAAAGUCACGGGCAUCCGGACGGCGUCGCCACAACAUCAGACGGUAUCGAUCGUCGCUCGGGGCGCCAACACACUGGUGCUGGACGAGGCGGAGCGUUCCAUCCACGACGCUCUGUGUGUCAUCCGGUGCCUGGUGAAGAAGAAGGCGCUGAUCGCCGGUGGCGGCGCGCCCGAAAUCGAAAUCGCCCAUCAACUGGCUAAGCAGGCACGGGAAUUGACCGGCACGGAAUCGAUAUGUUGGAAAGCCUUUGCCGACGCGAUGGAGGUGAUACCGACCACUCUCGCGGAGAACGCAGGUCUCAACAGCAUCAAGGUGGUGACGGACCUUCGCCAUCGGCACGACAUGGGAGAGCGGAACGCCGGGGUCAGCAUCAGAAGUGGCGGCGUGAAGACCAACAUUGCCGACGAGAAGGUGCUCCAACCCCUGCUUGUCAGCACGAGCGCCAUCGAGUUGGCAGCUGAGACGGUCAAGAUGAUCCUACGGAUUGACGACAUUGCGCUCUCGAGAUGA